AUGUCGUCCACUACUAGCACAUCUCUCGGUGUGCGAUGGAUUACACGACUGGUCCCUUGUUUCCUCCUGGCCCUCGCCGGUUAUGCCACCUACGUUGUCAUAGGCCGGAUAUGCGUCGACUUCCUCCUCCGCGAACGACACGAAACCGGGCUUGCCAUCGCCUUUAUCGUCCUCUACUUCUUCUUUUUCGCUCUAGGAAUUACUUGCUACAUUCGCACCAUCUGGAUCGUCAAAACCGACCCGAGUCUCGUGCCUCUCGAACCCAAUUCGCGGGGCGCCAGAGUGCUAGAAAGUCGUGAACAACAUCGUCGCAAGGGCCUCAAGAAUGCGUUUAGUCGACCGUACAACGACGAAGAAGCUGCGAUAGGCUAUGCGCCUCUUGAUUCGAACCCCGAUAGCCCAGGACUGGAGAAGUUUUACUCCAAGAACGUCUUCGUUUGCGAGAGCGACGGAAGACCCAAAUGGUGCCAUGAAUGUGGACAAUGGAAGCCAGAUAGGGCCAGCCAUUCUCAGGAAAUCGAGCGAUGCGUGAGAAAGAUGGACCACUACUGCCCAUGGGUGGGCGGCAUGGUGGCUGAGAAUUCAUUCAAGUUUUUCGCCCAAUUCACAUUCUACGCCUGGCUUUUUUGUGCUGUUAUUGUCUCUGCGGCAGCCUACACCAUUGCCAAACAAGUUGAAGAUGGCAGUGUGCCCGAUGGACACACAUUCGCGGUUCUCGUGCUUUCUGGUUUCCUCGGCUUCUUCAGCUGCGCCAUGUCUGGGACGGCACUCCGUUUCAUCUUGCAGAAUAUGACUAAUGUUGACCUUCUCAAGAGGCAAAUGAGCUAUCAACUUGCCGUGAGAGUGCCCCUGGGAACGCAGCCCACCGAGAAGUUCGCAACGGUUACCUAUCCCCUCCCGCAAGCACCUCCAAUGCAGCAGGUGCAGCCUUCGCAACCGACUGCAUCUCUCCCAUCUCAACAGCUCUCCUCUCAGCCCAUUGUCCAGGCUGCAAAUUCAGCCCAGCCAAGGGCUGAGGAGGAACCUUCGAACUCCCGUGAUAGACUCGCCCAACGUACGUUCGCCAUCCUUCGCACAGAACCAGGAGAGAACCCGUGGGACCUAGGCUACAAGCGAAAUUGGGUCACAACCAUGGGAAAUUCCCCCAUAGACUGGUUCCUCCCGAUCAAGAGGUCGCCGUCGACACUCCAUGACAACCCGGAAAGCGAGUAUCCGUACGGCGACCUUCUUGCGGAGCUCAAGGUUCGUUACGGACUCGAUCCGAAGCCUUGGACGGACAAGGACGAAGGCAUCGAGAUGCGGGAGCGCAAUCGGCGGUGA